AUGCGUGCCAUGCUUGUACAAAUCGUCUUGCUUUCUUCCUGCCAGCUCGUUGCUGGCUUCGACCUCUUUCAGUCAAUUGGACGCCUCUUCGGCCAGCAGGCCGACAGUGAGGCAGCGUCCGGCGAGAGCCCAGCCCCGUAUGCGCUCUUCACGCACGAUGCGAAGCAGCUGCACUGUGCCGAUCGCGAGCUUAGGCACCCUUGCGUCACUGAGCUCUCGCAGUUCUUGAAGGACAGGAACAGCAGCAGCGCGCGGCAGAAUGCCCUGGAUUGCGUGAACUCCAUCCUCGAGUCCUCCGAGGACUACUGGGAGCUGAAAAACAUGACACACCUCCUCCUCGACUUGGACACAGUGGACCACGUGUUUGACAAGGAGACCCGGGAUAACGACUUCAUCCAUGCAGGCGUGGCCUUUGCCAAGAAGUUGAUGGCUCACCCAGACUGCAUGAAGGAUUUCGAUGCGAAGUCGGAGCUGGAGUGUCGAUGCGUGCCGCUCUACGGCAAGGUGUCAACGCUGAAGCUGAAGAACGCGGGUCGCAUCGAUGAGGAUACCGGACAUGUUGGAGAAGAUACCGGUUUCGAUUCGAUGGAGGGUCUGGAAACUGUGGCAUAUGCAGCAAUUCUGGAGAAGCUGUACCCUGUAGCUCCAUAG